AUCGAUUACAUCAUUCUGAAUUUCAUGUCAGUUUUUUCUGUUCGUCUUGCUCAUCGGUUUUGCAGUUGCUUGUUUUUAAAUUCAUAAAUAUGAAAAAUGUGAAGGUGUAAAGAGAUUACGAGAUAAUAUUUUAACAUUUUGGUCUGAUUUUAUUUUAAUAUUACAAUUUGUGAAGAGUUUGCUCUUUAACUGUUAAAUAAUUAGUUUGAAGUCAGGAAAUUGAGACAUGUCUGCUGCGGUUCUUAGAUUGAAAAGAAAAGCGUCGAGUGAACCGAUUGAAGGAUUAGUUAUCGCUCUGAAAAAAUCAAAGGAAUAUGAUUCUAAUGAAGUGUUUUUUAAGUUUGCAGCAACAGUGAAAAGUGAUACUGAUUCCAUUAAAGAACAUAUCCAAGCUGCACUUUCUAAAGAAAAAGAAUCAAAACUUUUAAAGUGGCGUGAUCCUAAAGGAGCAGCUGUUAGACAAAAAAAUGUGUCUAAUAUAUGUGAAAAACUGAGAAAUGAGUGCAAAGCUGUUAGCGAGAAAAAACGGCUUGAAUAUCUAAAUAAUCGUAGGCUAAUUUUUACUGAAACUGUUCCUAUUCUUGACGAUGACAAAGAAUCUCCUGUCCAAAGUGCUGAAGUUCGUGAUUUAUUUCAUUUGUAUGAUAUAAUUGAAGAAAAUGAAGAACCUAAAAAACAGUUAGAUGAUGGAGAUAACACUAUCACUUGCAAUGGCACUCCUUUAAUACGAGAGAAAGUUUCUGAUUAUGUUUACGACGUGUAUGUUGCUAAUGGACAAUUUGACAAUUCAUUUGUUGAAAAUGCUGUGAGCUUAAGACCAUGCACUGUAACAAAUGAAGACCUAUAUUUUGGAGAUAGUGAUGAUAACUCUGAAGUGUACGAGGAUGAAGAUGACAGUAAUGAUGAAAGCAAUUGGCGAAAUGAAUAUCCUGAAGAUGAAGAAUCUGGAGCUGAUCAAGAAUCUGAAGAAUUUGAUGAGAAUCGUUACUAUAAUGAAAUUCGACAGUCUUUCAACCAUGUUAGUUUAGGUGACUGCAGUGAUGAAGAACCUUUCCAUUACUCAAAAGUAAUGCAUGAAAUUGAAGAUGAAUAUGGUAAUGAUUAUAGUGAUUGAAAAAGCAACUAAGUAUUAUUUAGCCCAUUCACCACCUCCAGAUAAAAUUGAAAAGUUACAUGCCAAAGAUAUUUGCUUCGUUAAAUACUAUGCUCUGAAAAAAGUGAUGUUCAUUUCUUAUAUUUAUAAUCUCCUUUCUAAAUGUUAAAUCAUGUUCAUUGUAUUUAAAUGUUUCGUUUCUUUGUAAAAUUAUUAUAUUUCAUUAACAUUCAUGAUGUGUUGUUGUAUGGUUUGCUCUAAGUGAAGCAUUUUGUUUUUCUCUGAAAUAAUGAUCUCUCCCUUUGAUAAAAUGUUUGUAUACUUAAAUAUGUAAAUAGUUGUACAUAAAUUAUUUUAAUGUUGA